AUGCGGUGUGCGACGCGCAUUAGCCGCUCCCUAUUCAAGGGCGCUGAUCGAGGCACGGGAAGUCCAUGGUGUGGCACGUCCAUUGUCCGUGCCGUCGGCGCCAUCCACGGCCUUCAAGUGGGGACCUUGGACAUCACCGGCGUCUCGGCGGGGCUACAAUGCACCCUGAGCACGUCGAGCUUCUUUUCCGUCGACGACGACGGCGGCGGCGGCCCUGCAGCGCCGCUGCUGCCAUCAGAACGGGCGGAGCUCCACACACCAGGUGUCGUGGCACAACCAGAAAUGUCAACGGAAGGUAGUGUGUACAUCGUGCACGUAGUGGGCCCCGCCGCGUUCGUCGCCGUCGUCGCUGAGGUGCUUAGCGACGACGUCCUCGUCGACCUUGCUGGCAGGUAUCAUGUGGAGCCGUACGCCUACUGGCGAUCCGGCAAGCACAAGUGCCCCACCGUGCGUCUCUCAUACGAUCGACUGCGCCGCACUGAGGACUCGCUCCGUAUCCUGCGCGCUCCCGACAACACGGUGGCGAGGCAGCGACGUCUCUAUCAUGCCGUCUUUCUCGCUUCGCAGCCGUGA